GAAGCCGGCCAUGUUUGAAGCGGUGAUAAUAAAACACGAUCGCACAGACGUAGAGCUAUCCCAUGGAAUACGCGCUGACCAUAAUGUAUUGUAGGCUGGCUGAUCAAUUGCAAUCAACUGCACUUAACAUCAGGAUGAAUGUUCUAAUGUGGCAAGUGACGCUCUCGACCGUACUCACAAGUAUCUUGAUCAUCACGGCGCUGAAAGCCGACACCGGAGACCAUGCGGCCGUCGUCAGUGGAGUUCACGGCUUCUGUUGCGCUCUGUGGCUGGGAACGGCGGCUUGGGGAGCCAUUUUCCAAGGUGUGAUGAUGCUGCAGCUUCUGCCCCGUCAUGACUUUGGUAAUCUUCAGUCACGUGUGAUCCCAGCCAUGUUUCAGUUUGGCAACCUUUGUAUGGGCUUGGCGGUACUGACGUUCCUGCAUCAGCAUCCAUUGACGUCAUUGAGCGGGCAAGAUUUCAAGCAGCUGUUCGUGAUGACUAUCAGUCUUCUCAGCUCCAUGAUCAACAAUGUGUGGUUUCUGCCGGAGGGCACACGCAUCAUGCACGUAUGUCACAAGAUUGAGAGAGACGUGGGCGAGGGACGGGCUAUACGCUAUCUGGAUAUGAAGAAAUUCGAGGGUGAUCACAAAUACCACAUGCUGCGCAAACAGUUCGCCUUCCACCACAGCGGAACGCAGCUGUCUGGGAUCAUAUCGUGCGCUUGCGUGGCCUAUCGAGUGGCCUACCUGUGCAGUCGCUCUGCUAUCUGACAUCCCAGCCCUACCACUAGUACCCCGAUACCACCUACUAGGAGAAUUCCAUGAGCAAUGCCGAUAGGAACUGGAUAGCAUAGAGAGCCCCACGAUAUUGCUGCAAGAUGUGUCUUAUUGCUGCUCCGGCUUCUACACCCACAGUCAAGUGAUAUUAUUAUUAGUGUUAUGUAGCAGCUGGUGUCACUGCACUAAUCCUCACCGGUCUCUAGAAGUUGCUUCUGUACAUGUACGUCCCAGUUCUCGGUGAUGACUAGACGCAUGUCCUAGCUGUUGGUCUGAUAGUGUCGGCAAGAAAAGAGAGCAUAGUCUACAAGUACCGUUCUGGAAAGUUUCGUGUAUGUUCGGUAUGGACAGAGAAGAAGAGCAGAAUUCGACGAAUUGCCACUCCCCCGAACUUUGUAUGGUUUGGUCGAUUAAUCCACUGCUUUCAAGCUUAUAGUUUGGCCGAUUAUCAAUUUUCUCGCCUAGAGCUAGCAUGUCCUGAGUCGACUCAGUUGUGGCUCAAUGGUUCACUUAGCAAUCACGUGAUAUGUUUUUGCUUUGCUACCAUUAGUGGUGUGUACUUCAACGCGUUAUGAAUUAUCAAGAGAAAAAAUACCCCCCCCCCCCCGAGUGUGGGGUCCAUUGCCUUUGGUUUUAUCAUGUGAUUCUGCAACGAUUCCAGAGGAACAAUUUGUUAAACUCGGAUGGAGAGCCAAGGAAUAAAAUCAGAAAAUGGAGAGGACCAUAGGCAUCAGGUUGUUGAACGUCAGUAUCACACCAGUCAGUUUUGUGCUAAUUGUAGCACAUUUUGACUCAACAGAAUUCUGCUUAUAGCUGUUAGUGUAUAGCUGUUAGUGGUGCG